AUGCACGCGUCGUAUGUGCCUGCCCCCCCGCCACCACCAGAACCGCCAAAGGUUCUGCGUACAGUGCCCCCUCCCACAAUGGCAGCCCGUAACGGGCAUCUUGCUGGGUGCCCUCCGAACCCACCCCUUCUGGCAUUUCCUCGCCGUGGCCCUGGCUCCAACGCGGGUCCGCCAGCGCCCCCAGCGCCGAGAGCGCCGCCCACAGUGCCAUCGGGACAACCUCUGUACUGCGUCUCGAGGAUUCAGCCGCCUCCCCCUAGCUCUGCGCCCCGGCAAAUGAGAACUGGCCUGCUUCCCGCUCCCAACAACGCCACAUUCCCUGGCUCUCGACGGGGCCCGCCCCCCCCUCCUCCUCUUACCGAACAAGAGACACGGGGCGGCGGCGACCCGUUCCUCUCACGGCCUUCCGGCGCCGCAGGCGGCAGGGGGAUACGGGCUCCCGAUCCGAAGCGAGCUCUGUCUCAAUUUCCAUUCCAUCAGGCAGAGGCCAUGCACAUUGCACAGGGGGCUCACGCUGCUCCGCGAGAUGAUGCCAGCUUGCACCUGUCUUCCUGCAGGGUGCCAGCUUACGUGCGGCCCCUGCAUUCUGCGACGGACUCCUCCCCAGGAGGUGUUCCAUCUCAGGUGCUACAGGGUAGUUCGACGAGUUCAGCCGAGUUCCUGCGCCAUCAGCAUGGCAACGUUGACCAUUACUGUGAAGACUCCGGAUUCGCCAGUGUGGAUAUAACAGGGGGCCCGCGAGGCAUCUCGUCACCACAAAAUCAGCCACGAGUUUUGUUACCACCUGAGCCCCGACGCCCUACAGAGCAGGUGCCUGUGGUGCUGGUGCUGCACCCUAAACGUGGGGACUCAAGCGAUAGCUCGAAGUGGCCUUCUGAACGACAGCCUUACCGGGACUACAACGCAGAUCAUGCCUUCGAGAAUGGAGGAUCUCGGCGAAAUUCGACACACGGAAGUCACGACUCCCCGAAUCGACUCACGCACCCCCCGGAAGAAGACCGACAGGCCUUUGACCUCCUGUCUCGCGACAGCAUGCCAACUGGAUUCCACACGAUGGAGGAAGGAGGUACGUUUAAUCCCCCAGAGCCGCAGGACCGGCGCCGGCAGCGACGGCAAUCACAGGGGCAACCAGCAGCGUCGCUCGCCCCGAAUAGGUCAGCCCCCCUCCUGCCAUUCCCCCUGCCAUGCAGUGUGCCGCGAAUGAACACGAACGCUCCCUCUCUCUCCAGUGUAAUGCCACACAGGCGACCACGGCCGCCCACCCACGCCUCAUCUCGACGCGUGGCCAGACCUAGCAGCGUUUCUCCCGCUGCAGGACACCUACCGUUGACCCUGACAGAAGCGAAAUUUUCGCGCAAGCGACAGGCAGACAGCUCAAGGUCACGCCACACGGGACACUCGCCUGCCCACUCACCACACACGCCAACAGACGAGUCACGGAGAUACUUCCCACGUUCUGCAUGCCCACGGAGCAAGUGGUGGCAGUCUUCAGCGCAAGCGACAUGCAGCGGCGUGAGCCGAGGACGUAACUUCAUGGACUCGCCUGGGCGCGCCAUUCCCGACACCCGCCGCAGGGAAUCUGUUUCGCCGGAUCGACUCCGGCCUCUCGCCCACAGAAAGGAGCACCUGUCGAGACUCCGGAAAUGUAGUGACAGCUCACGUGGGAGUGCACGAGCUUCGUCUUCUCGAUUUGCAAGAGAUGCAUCCCCAUCGCGACCGGAGAGUUACGGGAGUGUCCGCCAUCGUUCCUCUUUCGCACGACCGCUCUCCCGACGUCGUCGAUGUUGCACGCCUCGGCGUCUGCGUGUCCCUAUCCUCCUCUCAGUUCCAACAACGUCGACGCGCCGGCGUCUCUCUCAGCUGUCACCCCGCCGGGUUCACAGCGCCUCCGCAGCUGACUGGAAAAGCGUGGCGAGCAGUGACAGUCCCCGCGUCUCGCGGGAGCUGUCUCCUGGCUCCGUCGGCACAGAUGCGUCACGCAAGGAAAGCGCUCUGUCGCCUGCUUUCAACAGCCGCGCUCAGUGGCAUCCUCCUAGCCAGCUGACUCCGUCGCCUUGCUCUCUGUCUCUUGCGCGCCUCCCGCCGUCACCCAUCACCCCCUUCGGGGUCGUCGGCCAUCAGCGGUCUCAGGGAAUAGAUCCGUCCGUGCCCACUGAGGGAAGGCCUCCAGAGCCCUCCCCCCCUGAUGCCUCGCCGGUUCAGAGGCGUUCCCUCGAUGGCGGACGAGGAAGUCACGCUCAGAAACGCACGCGAGACCUUCCUGGAGCUGACGUCCCCCGCCCGCUCCCGCCUGCUCCCCCGGUCGUCCUCAACGUCGGGGGAAGACUCAGUCACUCGCAGAGAGCGUUUGAGCACGAAGCGGCGAAGCCAGACUCGCGACCCCGAACGGAGAGGCAGAGGCGAAGGAAGCAGCGCCAGCAGCAGCGCCGCCAGCGCGCCCGUCGCCGACAGCAGCCGCAGCAGCAAGAGCCGUACACAGAGGAGUCUCCACAGCGGGAAACUCCUCGAGAUUCUCCAAGUGCCUGCGGACACACUGAGGAAGAGCAGGAAAGUUUUUCUAGAGGAGACCAAGCCGCCACGACGACUUUUUAUCCGCCGCCCUUCGUGCACCGCUUCAGCAAUCUGAGUGAUUCUACUGACAGUGAACAAGAUGGAGAACGAACUGCCGAAGGCGACCGAGAGGAGGAGAGCGACCCGUGGGCCGCGUCGCUGGAAGAUGUCGAGCGACAUUUGAAGAGACGGAAAGCACUACACUCCGGAACUGGGCACGACUUUUCGCACUUUCCUGUUGGGCUCCAGUGGGAUCCCAGGUCCAAGCCCUCGUCGGACUGCCCCAUGUUGCAGAACUGCGAUGAACUGUUUCUGCCUCCGUGGCGCGAGCAGCAGCGCGGCACGAGCGGCCGCGUCAUCUAUCAGUUCGAGCUCCUUCAGCAUAGACCGUUCCGCGCCCUGUGGAACAGCACAGCUGUGGAUGUCUCCUCUUCCCCGAGUCCGUUUGCGCAGCACCAUGCCGUGCGAUCGAAGGCGUCGUCCCCAGCCCACGAGCUGCGAUCCCUUGCGCAUGGCGCACGCAGCCAGGAUUCUUCAGGCGAAGCAGAGCGGACGGCGCUGUUCCAAGAGAACGUGGGACGAGGUGCUGGCGGCAGAUCGGCCGCGCUGCCUCGAGAUCAUCUGGAUUCCGCGUACGUCCGCUCUGGUCCGAUCGAUCGGGGCCACCAGCGCCGAGCGGGAGAAGCGCGCGGAGUCCCCAGCAGGGGGCCGGGAAGCAGCUGCAGCAACUCCAGUCGGAGGACAAGUAUGAGCUUGGGAGGCGACGGAGAACAGUGGGGCGGCGCAGAGCGCACUUGCGAAAGCGACAAGCCUGAGACUUUCUUCUGGGAGAGCGAGAAAUGCCAACGCUUUGUGAUGACGUCAUCCACUCGCGCUCCUACGGAAGGCGACGGAAGCACCGACGACUCUGGUUUUCAUCACGGGUUCAGCUCUGGGAAGGGCGAUGAAAGAAAUAAGCAGCCUCUGAGACGGGGCAGCGACACGGGGCGGUCACCGGGGUGCCAUGAGCCUCAGCCAAAGUGCUGGUGGGGUGACCAGACCCCGAAUGCAGAAGCGAGGAGAAACAGUCUGCACGAGAAGGACGGCGGAAGCAGCAUGAUGCUGCCCCACGUACCAUGGUGCUAG